GUGAGGCCUGCGGUGGCGGAAAGCAGUGUUGAUCGCGUGGGAGUGGGUAGGCGACGUGCGUGUUUGGACAUGGGUUUGUACUUGGAAUAUAUGGCGGUGGCCACCUGCAUUGCUGGGCCGGGCCAUCGAGCGCUGUACUGCGAAAUGGCUUCAUAGCGAUCAGAGCAAGUGAAGCGUCGAGCUCGUCAUAUCCUGUUUUUGUUUUCGUUGACAACACAUUCGCUACAUGCACUCGCUAUUGAAGCAGGUGGUGGUGGGAAGCGCGGUCGUGGGAGGUGUGAAGGGCGCGCUGAUUCCUAGGGUUACGCCUGCUCCCAGUGCUGAAUUGUUGGCUGAGAGGCAAGAUCCUGAUGCUCUUUCGCUCGCUCAAGUCCUUCUUACCGCCGUUCCCGAAUCGCUACGCCAGAUCGCUGCUACUAAUCUACCUGCUGCGUCGAGUAUCCUUUGGGAGGAAUUCCUUGACGACCAGAGGCCAGAGUGGUUUGAGGAGUUGCCGUGGGAGAUUCAAAAUUAUUUGAUACGAAAGUUCGGGCCUCAGACUGCGUGGCCGACUGAGGCGCCGAUGAGUGGAGGGCUAAGUGGAUCGGUUGGAUUCACUGCAACGAUGACGGCGUCAACGACGGAUAUGACGGCGGAGCCAAGUCAACCCACACGAUCUCCAGAGACGAGUGAGGGCGCAUCGCAGAGUGGCACUGGAGCGACGGAGAGUACAGAAGUGCCGGCAUCCACAGCAUCGAGCGAUCGAAUAAGUAAGUCAACUGCGUCUGCAACUUCGUUCGCGACCUCGUACACGAGUGCGUCGCGAUCAUCGGUGCCAGAUUCAGCCGCCACGAAGUCGCACACAACCUCAUCCUCGAUAACACUAGCGAAUCCAUCCGAAACCUCCUCCGCAUCACCUACAACCGAACCCGAUGCUCCACCAGCGGUGAACAGUCAUUUGUCGAAAGAACAGAAGGUUGGGCUCGGAGUAGGCAUUCCAUUUGGUCUCCUCGGCAUCGCAGCUCUGUUCUUCGCAUGCUGUGUGCUCUGUCGCCGUCGCAAGAAGAAACACGUGGAGGGCUCGAUCCCGCCAGCAUCUCCCGGCUUUAUACCCCGAUUCGCCUUCCAAGAGAGAUCCCACGAGAACCUUGAACAUCGCACAUCGUUGAUCCGCGAGGCGAAUCGCUCGAGGCACGAUCUCGGUGCAGCUUGGGACGACGAGGGUGUAGACCCGAUCGAGAAUAUGCCAGGGCAGAAUCCGUACGCCUGGAAAGACCUUGGAGCGUACAGCAAUUCCAAUGUUCCGGCCCGAGCACCGGCCGCCGCGAGGUCGACUUACACUGCGCUGGACAAUGAAGUUCACGAGGACAACUACUCUAACGUCCCCGUCAUGAUGAUGAACGACCCGAAGCCGAUCAUGGCGCCUGCGUUGUAUCACACGCACUCUUCGAAUCGAGCGAGAGGGAAACGAACAAGCUACACCAGCUUACACUCCGUAGCCGAAGUUUCCGAACCUGAUGAGUUUGAGUCGCCGAUCCUGGGACGAAAUGUCCGGCCGCACCACAGCCCGGCGAGAAACUUGAUGUCCGCGCCAGCGGUACCUGCGGAUGCACAGAUCAGACGGAAGCCAGUACCAUUGAGUCCUCCUCUACCUCCCCUUCCAACCAGCCCUUCACCAGUCGCCACGAGCCCUGCGGCCCAAGCAGCUUCACAUAAACUGCUGCGGCAGACAAUGCCAGAGCAUAGUGGAAGCAGCUCUAGCGGUCUGGCAUUGACCACAUCCAGCGGCCUGAGCAGCGCCUCCAGUCUUGCCGUGCAUGCCGAAGCCACAUCACCCAUCUCACCUAUUUCAGAUCGUGCGCCGAGCAAUCCCUUCCACUACGACUCGUAUGUCGAGGACUACGGGCCAGAGUUCCAGUACGGGUACGUCGACGUUGACGACGGGCUCUACGGCGGAAACACCAGUCUCUCGCAUUAUCCUGAACCUCGAAGGAAGAACUCGAAGACGGAGUGGCCGCUGAGAAAUAUCGUGGGAUCGCAUCAGAGGCGGAGAAGCAGUCCGAUAUGGGAGCGCUUAUCAGAGGAGUAAGAGUUGGUGAAAACGUUGUUUUGACGACCCUCAUAUGAGUUUUUUUUUUGUCAGUACACAUGAUACCACAUGGCAUUUGGGUUGGAGUCAGAGCGUGGGAGAUACCACACGUUCCUUGUAUUUGUUCCAUACAGCAUUCGAAGAAGACGGGCGUGCUUGGAAG